AUGCAACAUUACGGAUCGAUAGAACAAGAAGGAAAUAUUCCUACAGAUAAACACAAUGCCGCACGAAUACCACCACCUCCAUCCUUGCAUCGAACAACAAGUGGUCUUCAGCCGUACAAGGAGCAGCGUAGUCUCGGAGACGAAUCUGAUGAUUCUACACGAAUGAAAUGGAGCUGGGAUAUCCCAAAAGGCAACUCUACGGAGCCUCUCGCUGUCCUCGCCAAUGCUUCCUCCAUUUCGAAUAGUGGCAACCAUAGCCAUCAUCAUCAGGGCAACCAGUAUGGUGGUUACAACAAAGGAUUGUUCAGAUGGAUGCAGUCGUUUACAGUAGACAAAAGUCUUCUGCGAGCGAUUUGCAUGCUGUUGGCUGCUGCCAUUGUUAUCCCUAUUUUACUGCAAUCACGCGAGGAUGAUGAUGAAACCUAUAAUUCCUACUCUUCAGAAUUUGAAUUCUCGGGUAGUGGGACCUAUGAUUACAUUGUGGUCGGUGGAGGUCCAGCAGGAAUCAUAGUAGCCACCAAAUUGGCGCGAGACUUGGGUACCUCUAAGAUUCUUUUGCUUGAGGCUGGAACAAUCAGUCAAUCUUCUGUCAUGGAAAAAUUGUAUCGAAGAAAAAUGGAAGACUUGUCGUCAGUUGCUGAUAGCUCGGGACCUUCCUCCUUUUCUAUAUCAUCACUGUCUUCCUUUCCACAACUAUUGAACCAAUUGGAUAUUCCUCUAUUGUGGAGUGGGGUGGCCAGCAAAGCUUCGUCAGAAGAUCCAACGAGCACAACAGUCUCGGACGAUUUGCACCACUGGCAUGUGCCAAAGACUCUACUUGCAAAAGCACUCGGAGGGUGUGGAGUCCACAAUGCCAUGCUAUAUGUUCGAGCUCUUCGAACGGACUUUGAAAAGUGGAAUAUGACAGGAUGGUCAUCGGAUCGAAUGUUGCAAUACUAUCAAGACUUGGAAUCCUUUGAUAGAACUCCUCAAGCUGGAACCGAAUCAGAUCAACGCAGUCCCGCGACUAGCACAACAUUCCAACGAGGGACUAACGGUCCUAUUCGGACACAUCCAGCUGGACCAAUACUGGACAAUGUUGGCGAACUAUUUCGGCAAUCAUCUUCUCGGACCAUUGGGUUGGCAUCGUCACAAGGAUUCAACCACCCAGAUCCCUCCGCUCGGAUUGGAGCUGGCAUUUACGAGUUCAACAUUCGAAAUGGGGUUCGUGAUUCUGUAGCCCAGGCAAUUUUGGGUGAUCAAAUUGCCCAGGACAGCAAUGAUAGAAGCAGUGGUAUCCCAAAGAACUUGGAAAUUAUAUUAGGGGCAAGUGUGACUCGCGUUUUGACCAAGGCACCAAAGCAAUCCGAUAAUGGGCUGCUACCCAAAGCAAUCGGUGUCGAAUUCAUGGAUGAAUAUGGCCAGCUUCGUCAGGUGCUUCGGAAAGGACACGGUGCUGAUUCUUCAUCCUCUGAAGUAAUCUUAUCGUGCGGGGCCAUCAUGACACCACAAGUUCUCAGUAAUUCUGGAAUUGGCGAGAACGGAUCGGUGGUGAAUUUACCUGGAGUCGGAAAGAACUUGCAGGACCACCCAGUGGUUCCAGUUUUGUUCCGAUUGGCUCCAAACAUGACUGAACAAGAUGGAUCGAACUACUUAUUGGGGCAACAAUGGCAAACCUACUUGGAUGCUGUCCAAAGAGUGAGAUCGGAUGGUGUGUCCAUGGAUCAGCAAACCCGAAAUAAGUUGCUGCAACAAAUGGGAACUAUGGGAACUGCUGGAUUUUCCGUUGGUGCUUUCUUACGAUCUCCAUGGGCCAAAGACGAAGCACCCGAUUUGCAACUCACUGUCUUUCCCCGAUCGAUAGAGCCUCAUUUGGUGGACAAAGAACCUCAGUCCGAGUACAGUCGCAGCAUGGCCUCUAGUACCAUGUUGGUGACAAUUGCGUUGCUGGAUGCCGAUGCCAGAUAUGAACUCAAAGCGACUCAUUUUACAAGGAUCAAUCAAAGUCCACAUGAGUUCAACUACAUGCCAUCGUCGAGUCUUGGGAUUCCAUCCAUUGUUUUGCCACAAGAUUCCAAGGAAUACUUGUCUGACAUGGACAUUCGCCGCUUAACAUGGGGCAUUGAACAAGUCAGAAGGGUGCAACAAGCCCCACCAUUGGUGUAUAAUACCAAGGAAGAAGUCGUUCCUGGCGCCAGUGCCGAUCUGGAGGAGUAUGUUCGAUCCCACCACCUUCCAAACAGCCAUUGGACCGGUACUACCAAAAUGGGCCACGCCGAUGACCCGCUGUCAGUGGUCGACGAAACAUUGAAAGUCCGAAACAUGAAAGGGCUUCGAGUUGUGGAUGCUGGUGUCAUGCCUAUCAUCCCAAAUGGUAACACACACAGUUCUGUGACAGUUAUUGCAAGUCGAGCAGCUGAUCUCAUUCGAAACGGAAUUCAGGCUACGACGUAA